AAUAUUCGCGCUGCCUUUGUGUCUCCUUUGAUGUUGCAACAGAGUACAGCAUAAUUCAUUAUGAAUAGCACGAUGAAGUCUAUUCGGAAAUCGCACAUUCACACAAAUGUGGAAAAGGCUGUUGCGGAGGCCAUUCGACGUGAACUGCGUGACCAUAAAGACAUAGCCAGGCUGGUAUUAUGGGCUAGCGACUUGCAAAGGCAAGUCAUUGUUAAUAAAUCUGGAGUGUUGUGCCCAUGGCUGAAAGAUAGAGCUAUAACUGCUGCGAUCAUAGGCUCAGACUUGAAAGGUGCAGCUAAACUUGUGGAGCAUGGAAAUAUCAGCCUUCGAGAUAAGGUAACUAUCACCAAAGGCUCUACAGUAUUGCUGUACGCACAGUCGACCAUAUUACUUCGCGAUGUUCACGCUGCUUGCAAAACGUUGGUGGUGAUGCCAAGCGUAAAACCAAAGCGUGCUUCCAUCCCUCGAUCUAAAACCAAUAGUCGUCAUAUUGCUACAACAUUCAAAGUUGAUGCUUCGCCAUGGAGGCAACACGUAGAGUCCUUGUCUUUGAAGGAUAAGAAGUACCGUCUGGAGAAUUUCGACAACCGAAUAAUGACUCCUAGUGCUUAUGACGGCUUUGCUCACAAUAAAAUAAUUAUGGGUGUUGGAAUAUAUAGUCAAUUUGAGUUCGAUGAGGAUAACAACGUUUGCAAUCAGCGAACCCAUGUAAUACAGUGGUCGAAGCCAAGUGCGCCCUCUCCAUUAACCUCUGACAUCUACAGAGUUAAAACUGGAAUAUGCAACGGUACCCCAAAACGUGAAUUUAUGCAAGGUUAUUUGGAUGAUCUUAAUGAUAUGGACAAUAUUGAUCCUACCCCUAGGUUCUAUCAAACAAAGAAGAAUGUUUUGGAGAAGUAUGACGAUAUUGUAACCGCAGAUAAUAAUGCCCUUUACGAAGUGAUGCAACUAAAAAACCACAAAACAAAGCGGGAUCUGCUCCUAGAAGACACUCUACGUUACAAAUCCGGUUUUAGGUUAGCUUGUGAUACUAUGUUGACUAUUAAUGACAUAAGGGAGUGCUUUUAUAAAGAAUUGGAAACGCAGAUGAAUGUGAUUUUACCCUCAACAGUGAAAACCAAGCGGAAAAGGCGUAGAGUUAGUGUUCGACCUGUGAAUGACUCGGAAAACAGGAAUCCGGUUCGUUUUAAUAAAAAACAUGCUCUGCGAACGAAUUCGGGAUCUACAGUGACGAACGUCGCCCAUGAAUAUAGGAGGCUAAUAAAAAAGCAUUUCGAAAAGUGCAGGGGUAAUAGCUACAAUUUAACUGAGAUGUUGUCCGUUGGGACAUCGGUAUCUCGGCGUGAAGCCAGCGCUAUCUUCAUGGUUCUGCUUGAGCUCGCCUGCGAAGGUAAAGUAAUCCUGACGCAAAAUGGUAGCGACAUAACCGUUGGAAGAAGCGUGUAAGACUAA